AUGAAUUACUCAACUUUCACUACUACGGACAACUGCGUCCUUGCCUUCCAAUCUUCCCUCCCUCUCGCCACUCCCACAAACCCCUCACUACCCCCUUCAUCAACCUCAUCGUCGACAACAAACCCAAACACCUGCAUCCUCCUCCUCCACGGCUUCUCCGGUUCGUCCGCCUACUUCACCCGCAACACCACCCCGCUCUCAUCUUCCCCCGCAAACCACUGGGUAGUAUGUCCCGACAUGCGCGGCCACGGCCGCUCCGGCCACAACCCCUCCCGCGGCGGCUUCCACGUCGCGCGUCUCGCAGCCGACCUACGCGAGCUUCUUCUCCAUCUCCGCAAGAGUAACGCUCUACCCAACGGUUCCCCGCUCAAGGUGGUCCCCGUCGGUUGUUCCAUCGGCGCAGCCGUAGUCUGGACCUACCUCGAACUUUUCGGCGAGACUAGCCUCGUCGCAGAUGAUGUUGAGCUGGCAGGAUACGUAUUUGUUGACCAGGCGCCACUACAGGACCGAGCGGCCCUUGGACUGGGCGGGACUUGGGGCGCGGGCCUAGCGCAUCGCGGGUGUUUCGAUGAAGAGACUAUGUUGGCAGCGCAGCGGGCGUGGAUGGCGGAAGAUGCCGGCGUACGGAAGGAAACACACCGCGGUUUGGUGGGCGAGUGUUUGGGGUAUCGAUUUGCUCCGAAUACUAGCGAUUCCAUUGGAGUAGAGGAGGCGGAGCGGGACGAGGAGUUUUUCACCGGGAUUAGCGAGCUCUGUGAUGGGACCUGGUUGGCCCGCUUGUUGGCGGACCAUACUAGGUACGAUCAUCGGGAAGCGUGUGAAGGGAUCACCAAGCCAGUGUUGGUCAUGGCGGGUAAAAGGAGUGGGUGCUUCUCGCUGGAAGGGAUGGGAGAAACAGUGAGACGGGCCAAGAGUGGAGGCAAUGAAGAUGCGGAGUUGAUGGUGUUUGAAUCAGGGCAUUGGUUGUUCUACGAAGAGCCUGAGCGGUUCAACAAGGAAUUGCUUGGGUUUGUAGAACGAUGCACCAAAGAGAAAAAGAAGUGA